AUGAGCCCCACUCUUGAAGAACUACGGAAGGAUUUUUCCAAGCUACUCGAUCCUAAGGAGCCGUUGGACAGCCGGAUACGCGAGCUCUACCGUCUGAAGGAGACAUUCUUGAAGACUUCGGCUGGUGUGGCGGUGAUGUUGGAGGCAAUCGACACUACGGAUUCUGUCCUGCUUCAGCAUGAGUUGGCGUACAACGUCGGACAGAGCGGUCUUGAGGAGGCGGUGGAGCCUUUGGGGCGCAUCGUAUCGGACACGAAGUACGACGAUGUUACGCGCCACGAGGCUGCCGAGUCUCUCGGGGCCAUUGGCAGCCUAAAGGGAAUCCAGGUCCUUGAGUACUACACGGAUGAGAAAAACGAGCCGAAUCCUGCCGUUCGGGAGACCUGUGAGCUCGCCCUGGCCCGCAUCGCCACAAAGGUGAAGGAGGGUGACGAGGCUUUGCUGCCGCCGGUGGGCUGCCCCUUCGUCUCGGUGGACCCCUCCCCCGCCUUCACGGAGAGGCUGAACAGCGUGGAUGGGAAGCCGGUGCCGCGGUCCGUUGAGGAACUCACCAACCUCCUCCUCGACACCUCAGGUUCCACCAGCCUGUUCGCCCGGUAUAUGGCGAUGUUCACGCUGCGGAAUAUCGCCACGCCGGAGGCUGUCAAGGCGCUUUGCCGCGGGCUCCGCGAGGACACGGUCUCCGCGCUGUUCCGCCAUGAGGUGGCCUUUGUGCUCGGGCAGUUGGAAGAUCCGGGAAGCCAGUCCGCCCUGAUUGAGGCACUGAAGGAUGAAAGCGAGGCUCCUAUGGUGCGUCAUGAGGCCGCCGAGGCCCUCGGCGCGAUCGCGGAUCCGGUUUCUCUGUCGGUGCUGAAAACCUACGCCGAGCACGCGGAGCCGAUCGUUCGGGAUAGCUGCACUGUGGCGUUGGAUAUGCACAAGUACUGGUCGAAUUUCAACAAGCACGGUCAGGGGGUCGUCAACGCCGCGGAGUAA